UUUUAGUUCCGUGUUGAGCCUCCACUAAUAAUGAUCUCCAGCUCAAGCAUGAAGCGCUCGGCUGUUAUAAUCCUGAUACUUAACAGUCUCUGCACUUUUUCACAUGUGGUCCAUGAAUUUAUCACCAUAGCAGGCUGCUCUAACAAAAACAACACUGUGGUGCAGGUUGAAGUUGAUGGUGAUGAGAUUUUGUAUACAGAUUUUGAAAAGGAGGAAUUUGUUUUCACUGUGCCCAAAUUUAUAACGUCAGACCCGACUGAAGCACCUAAGGAGAUGGCUGAAUAUAGAAAUGCUAAGAAAUACCAGAGGGCAUGUCCACCAGCUGUUUUAUUAUUCACAGAAGAGGAGAGACAUCCACCAGAACAGAAAGAUGCUCCUGAGACCAUGGUCUAUGCUGCAGAUGAAGUUCAGUUUGGAGUUGAAAACACACUCAUCUGCUUUGUGAAUCAUUUCUACCCACCUUUCAUCGAAGUCACCUGGACUAAAAAUGGUCAGACAGUAACAGAGGGAGUGUCUCUCGGGCGAUAUUACCCCAACAAUGAGCUGACUUUCCACCAGUUAUCCACAUUGACGUUCACACCUGAUGUGGGGGACAUUUACAGCUGCACAGUGGAGCACUUAUCUCUGGAGAGGCCUGAUACAAAAUUCUGGGAACCUGAUUUCGGUCAUCAAAGUCAUGGACCAGACAUUCUCUGUUGGUUGGGUCUGACAUUUGCCUUUCUGGGCGUAGCAGCAGGAACAUUUAUGUUUGUCAAAGGGCAUCAUGUAAGGGGAUGAAUCAAAAUGGCACACAUGAAUUUAACAGAAAUAUAACUAUCAUUGAGUAUAACUAAAAAUUGAUCUCAUGAUUUAGUUUUGAACGAAAAAAUUAAAGAUUUUUAAAUCACAUAUUUAAAAAAAAAAAGAAACAAGAGUAGCGAUAAUUGUGCAAAAGUCACAAAAUAGACCAUUUUUAUUUUAUUUCUGUUCAUAAAAAAUGAACCAAGCGAAAUUUGAACCGUCACACAAUUCCAAAUUCCACAAAUUAAAUCAGAUUUUAAAUUUUUUUUUUGUACUUUUUGCUCAGUUGUGUUUGUAUAGUUGUUGAAAAUGAAAAGAAAUGUAUAUUUUUCUUCAAAUUGUGUGUUGGAAAAGAAGGAUAUAAGGCACUAUACUGCACAUUCUUAUAGCCUCUGUAUAUAUGUUUUAACAUAGUAAUGGAAAUAGCACACAAUUGUGUUUUGCAUUUUUUUAAAGACAAACUGAAAUAGGAUCCAAAAUAGGGCAGGAGCAAGUAAGAAUAAAAAUGUUUUUUAAUGAAACUAAUUUAAAAGACAAGAGGCAUAAAUAAACCAAAGCCGUGGAUCAGGGUAAAAAUGUUAAUUAAAAACAGGAACAUGUCACGAAACUGACAAGACAAACCAACAAAGACAAUGGGAAGUCAGGAAAAUUCAACACAAGUGAAACGCAUCAGAGCAAUUCAGACAAUCACAAUUGCAGGAAACCAUGAACCUGAAGUAAAACCAGAGUUUGCAAUGUUAAACUGCAAACUAACAGACAGACACAAAACUCCAGAGAACAUCAGGAACAAGUGAAAAUCCAGAAUACACCAGUAAAAUCCAAUUCAAAAGUCUUACAGAAUUGGCGGUGAUAUUGUCGGAAUGUUAUCUUCACACAUUUAUAUUUGUAUUAUAUUGUAGUUAUUUGUAUUAUAUUGUUAAAUGAGUUGUGAUAGUUUGCAAUACUUAAAAUGUGGGUCCCCCUGAAAGCGCUUGGAAGCACUGGUGUAAAUUAUUCAGUAAUCCUGUGUUUUACGUGAAUAUUUUCAUUUUCUGCUGCUGUAUAUUUCUACUAAAUACUUUCAUCUGACAGCUAUA